AUGAACUACGUACGAACCAUAUUUUGUAAAGGCCGCCAGGCGGUCAAGAGAGAAAACACACCUUUCAUCAUAAACAGUAAUUUUAACCUUGUUGGAAGAAGGUACAUUAACAUGGGCAUGAAAAAACUGAACAAGGGUAGUAGCGGUGAAGAAGUAAACUACACGACCAACCAACCGAAGGCAGUGCGCGUACCAAUAAUGCGUUUUUUCUAUGGCAUCAUCGUUCUAAUGGCAGUUGUCCCUAUAUGCCAGACGCUUUACGAGACGAAUAAGUAUUACGAGGAGAACAAGCAUUUGUACGAAAAGGAACAGAGUUAA